CUGCUUACAGUCAAAAACUUUUUGAAAACCAUUGCACCUUGGAAGCCUCUCAGAACCAGAAAAAAAAAAGUAGCUUGUUUAGACAAAAACAUGGGUCCAACGCCCAUGGCGACUGCAUACUACUCGGGAAUAAUUCAAAUGGAUGUGUUUAUUCCCGAAGAGUAUGUUAUACGGAGACGAAUUGAGAAAAGAGCAGCUGCCAUUGCUGGAAAGAGGCCGAACAAGGUGCCGGAGGCAACCAAGAGAACCGACAAGGAGAAAAAGUCCCUGCCACCACCAUUUCGACUAGACAGCAACGACUUCUUGGUCUCUGGUGGGAUUGGUGAAAACCUAGAUUUCGGUUGCUUUUCAGCCUAAUUUUGAUUGCCAAAACAUCAUAAACGUAUAGUAUAAAGUUGUUUGUUAUGAGUUUAACUAGAAUUUAUGUCCUUUUUCUUUUGUGUACGUUACAUAGCAAUAUAUGCAGAUACCAUUUUUGUUCCUUC